AAAACUUUACACUCUCCGUUAGAUUAAAAAAAAGAUCUUUUGGGGAGGCGAAGCGAUCAAGCCUGUACUUAUUCUAAACUUUACUAUAGAAAAAGGGAUACUUUUAUAUUUACAAAUAUGGCUUGUGCUGCUUUGAAGCGUCCUUAUAAUUUUGAUAUCUUGUCUCAAAGUACGCCUCAGCUUAAUUCUUCAUCACCAAAACGACAAAGAUGUGGAACGGUCGCUGUUGCCUCAACUUCUUCAAAUGUUUCCCCUUUUUUAUCAGCCACACCUAAACUUAGUCGAGAGGAUCUUGCUAAAAAUGUUCAAGAAGAAUGGUGUCGAUAUCGUUGUAGAAAAAAAUGUAUAUCUCCUUCAUCCUCACCAAAUAGUAUGCAAUUUCAGCAGUGUACAAGUUUGUAUUGGAAUGGAUCAUCUUCUAACACGUCAAGUAUAUCAAUGUCACCACCAAGAUCACCUAAUGGAAGUGAUUCUCCCUCAUUAAAAAUAAAACAAGUAGUUUUAUUAUGUGAAAGAUUAUGGAAAGAAAGAGAGGAAAAGUUAAGAGAAGAAUAUGACCAAGUAUUAAAUGAAAAGCUAGCUGAGCAAUACGAGUCAUUUUUAAAGUUUACACAAGAUCAAAUAAUGAGAAAGUAUCAGCAUUCAUCUUAUAGCUAUGUAUCCUGAAGCAAUUUCGUAUUGGUUUGUAAAUAGUUCGUUUGAUUUGUAUCAUAAUGUUGCACCGUGUUGUUGCAUCAUACUGUUGCAUUUCAUAAAGUUUUCUUGAAUAGAUAAUUUAAUGUUUAUAUUUAUUUUUCAAGUGUUUUUUUUUUCCGAUUCGGCAAAAAAUUAUAACUUUACUUUAUCCAAUUCAGCAAAAUUUUUCUAUAUUAAAAUUUUCAAAAUAAAUUCUGUUUGAUAAAGAUAUAAAUUGCAGCCUAAGUACUUAUUUGUUUUAAUUCCAUUUUAAAAUUGAAUAAAACGUUUAUUAGUCGAUAUCUAAAAAUUAUCAUUUUUUGUCACUUUUUAUAAAUAGUAAAAUUUAAAGCAAUAUCAAACCUUUUAGUAGUAAUAUAAAAAGAAACUUCAAAGUUAUUAGUUAAAUGACUCAUAACAUUUUAAAAUGGAAAACAAAUAAGAUUUCAGCGAAAUUUGUGUUAUAGCCAUAGUUUUAUGCUUUUACUUAGUUAAGGAUUUUUCAUUUGUGUUUGUAAAAUAUUUUGGCAAUUUUACUUAUGUACUCCACAAUUCAUUGUGGACAACUUUUUUGAUGAAAGCUUAUUUUUUAAUCUUUUAUUGAAAUAAACUAAAAUAAUUUUG